AUCAGCCGGACAGAAUAGAAUAGAUACCAGCGAAAAGCUCUUAGGGAUUUUUAUCGGGCAAUGCAGUGUGCAUGCUUAGCACUUAUGAAGUCGUUAUUUUCUCCUAGUUCAUGUAAUUAAACUUGACAGUUCAGUCGAAAGUAAUAACCGUGUCUGGUGAUUGUCUUCAUCAUCUGUCAGUAGUGAGCUAUUCCAGAACAUGCCAAGUCCUAGCGGUGAAUCACAGGAUUGUGCAGACUGACGAUAGGGGGUGUAGUAAGUUCAGUGCGGAAGCUCCACUUGCACUUUUUUGUUUGGCCAAAGCCAGUUUUAUUUUUGGCCGGGAAGGGACAACCGGCUAGCACGAGAAAUCGGCAACUUGGAGUUGCAUAACGUGUCAUCUUCGAUUGAGGCACCCACACGGAAGCUGCCGCGCGAAGCCAUAGGCCGGAUGAACAAUUAUCAUCAUGAUCACGCCGGUGAAAAAAACCUGUAUGGCAAUUGGCAUAGCAUCAUUUCUUUCUGAGUAGUGAACUAAACAGUUUUCAGCUCUGAGUGUGUUGUGUGUAUUUCUAUUUUUUUCUUCCAAGAUGAAGUUCAACGAGCGCAAUGUCGCUUACUUUGCCUCAUGCAACUCCCCUAUUGACAAGGAGGGUUUCUUACUGAAGCGUGGGGAGAUCAAUCGCGGCUAUCAGAGGAGGUGGUUCAUCCUGAAGGGAAAUCUUCUCUUCUAUUUGGAGAAGAAGGGAGAUAGGGACCCUGUUGGGGUGAUCAUUCUGGAGGGUUGCCGUGUUGAACUGGCGGACAGCGAAGACAGUCAGUUCACUUUCCAGAUCUCAUUCCCGGGAGAUGGAGCACGGACUUAUAUCCUGGCUGCGUAUGACCAGGAGGAGAUGGAGUCGUGGAUGAGGGCGCUAUCCUGCUCAAGUUAUGACUACAUGAAGGCCAUGGUGGACGAGCUCCAGCGACAACUGGACGAACUAACCCAUGACUCUCAUGGGGAUGGGCAGCUGCGCCCGGGACGCUUCUCCUACGUGACCACCGGUCACCCCGAUGAUCACAACUUGGAUGACUUCAGUGACAUCCCAAGCAAGAUGGGCAUCUACAACAAGGGCAAGACUGAAUCGCUCUCCCACCAGGGGGCGCCCCGUCAGAACGCUUUCCAGCGCAACUCGGUCCCCACUGCGCAGUUUAGUAAUCCUUCCUAUGCGAUCUGGGAUCCGUUGGUUCCCGUCAAUAACAAUAAGAGUACUGAGCAAGGAAACGGUGCCCAGUCGCAGACCCAGUUCUACGUUGAGAAUCACACGAAUGAUGAUGUUGACGUUGGAGAAGAGCCCAAUAUCCCACAGACGGAUGUGAAUUCCGGCCAGCUGAAAGGGUCUGCCCCAGCACCAACCAGCUCAGCCACGGCCCCAAACCGCAGCACCAGAUCGGUCUUCUAUGAAAACGUCUCCUCGACAUCACCCAGGGUCAUGCCUAGGAGCGGGACCACUCGAACCAAGUUCUUCAAUAAGACCUUCAACCAAACUCAAGGCAUCGCAAGCGCCAAAACGGGACAGUCUGUGUUCCACGACCGCGAUGUGCGAUCUUUCACGGAAAUGCACGCCGAGUUUGGGAUGCUGAUUGUGAAGAAAAUUAACGAGCACAGACAAAGAAAGAUGUCUUCGUCAUCUUCCUCAUCAUAGAUCAAAAACUUUGGAAAACAUCUGCAAAUAAGUUGGUGUUCAACUGUACUCAAUUGUACAUGGGAGCAAUAUUCUUGAUGUUUACAGUUUAGAGUGAAAAUUUGUUUAUUUAUCACUGUGGAAAACAUAUUGAAUCAACCCCAUCCUACGUUUGCAUUUUGUCAUUGUUACAUGUAUACAUAUUACUUUUGUUAAUUAAUGUAUGCUUUGUGUGCACACAUUCAAUACUUCCAAUUUAAUUGCUCAUUAGAAAAAAAAAAGUUACUGUUCGUUGGUCAUGGAUUAAGCAUUUGACAACUUUUCCUUUUCUACACAUUACAGCAUUGGUAUAUAAACAUUCCUCUGAGGUGUCUUUGUUAUAAGCCCGUUUAGAAUGAAGGUUAGUGUUGAUUCUGCCAGCCCUGGCAAAACAUUGUAUGCAGUGUAAUGUGUUGUGUUUAAAUUUUUGAAAAUAGGUACAAUUGACUCUUGUUAAUACAAACACUGUUAAUACAAAUUCUGGUUAUAGCAAACAUAAAGCCUUGGUCCUGACUGUGCUUUAUGUGCACAAUGAAUGGGACCAGCACUCCACUUAGUACACAAUUCAGAUAUAACAAACAUUUUGGCUUGGUGCGGCUGAGUUUGUAUUAACGAGAGUCCACUGUAGUUGCAAACAAGCUCAUGGAAGGUGCUUCAUUAUGUUGUGAAUGCUAAUGGUAUAAGUGACAGUUGUAGCUAAGGAUGAAGACGAUUGGGCAUGGGCCGUAUUCAGGAGUUGGCCGUAUUGAAUUGAAAGUGAGGUAAAAUCUUAAUUUUGGGAACUUUCAAAGAGAAAUGAAAGCAAGUUAAUGUAUAAUAAAUUCCAGUCUGCUUCAAUAAUUAAUUUAACAUU